UCCGCUUCCGCAUUCGUGUAGAGUGCGGGAGACGGUGGCUGCGGCGGGUCAAGCCGGGGCAGCUGCGGUGCUGGGUUUGAUUAGCCUUCCGUGGGGGUGGCUGGGUUGCCAUCAUGGAGACGCUCUACCGGGUGCCGUUCGCGGUGCUCCAGUGCCCCAACAUCAAGCUGAAGCGGCCGAGCUGGGUGCACACGCCCUCGGCCAUGACUGUCUACGCGCUGGUGGUGGUGUCCUACUUCCUCAUCACUGGAGGAAUAAUCUAUGAUGUGAUUGUAGAACCUCCCAGUGUUGGGUCUAUGACAGAUGAACAUGGACAUCAGAGACCAGUGGCCUUUUUGGCAUACAGAGUAAAUGGACAGUAUAUUAUGGAAGGACUCGCAUCCAGCUUCCUUUUCACAAUGGGAGGCUUAGGUUUCAUAAUUCUGGACCGAUCCAAUGCACCAAAUAUCCCAAAGCUCAAUAGAUUUCUGUUGCUUUUUAUUGGAUUUGUCAGCGUCCUGUUGAGCUUCUUCAUGGCAAGAGUUUUCAUGCGGAUGAAAUUGCCGGGAUACUUGAUGGGUUAGUGCCUGGUGUGAUAUAUGCAAGCACAAAAUGGAUUUGCUUCUCUUCAUGAAGAGCUUAAAAACAAGCAAUCUAUAAAAAUUAUACUGUCCCCCACAAGAAGGCACAAGAAAGGUCUAGUUACAUGAACCAGCAAGUGCAAGAAGUGCUUCCAACUGUCUCCUUUCAUAAAUAAAAACCAUCAUUACCAGUGGUUGGUAUAUUUUUAAAACAGCAUUUUAUCACUAGUCUAUUUCUAUCUUUAAAAAAGAAAGUUACUGAACUGUUACUUAGCUUUAGGUAUGAAUUUGUAUCUUGAAACAAUUCACUAUAAAAUGUAAAACUGGUAUUUUUCCCUUCCUCGUUUUUUCCUUUAACCUGACUGAGAUAUUGGGCAAAUGUCUUACAAUUCCUGAUUUUAAAGUCUGCAGCACUCUGGCCUUUUUUCCUGUGGUCUGCCCCGUACUAAGUUUAUACCUGGAGAGAAGUCUUUUGGUGAUGUUUUACUAUCAAACACACUGUGUCUAGUGAAGUUAUUUCUAAGGCACCAUUUGCCUUGAUAUUCAUGGCAACGCAUUAACAAAUCCAGAUGUACACUGGAUACAACAUUGUGUGAAUGAAUUUCUUUUUGGAACAGUGUAUGAAAGGAGCCAAAUUAAACAUGUUUUCUACUAAA